AUGGCUAACUACGGCGUCAUGCUGCUGUUGGCGGUUGCAUCAAUGAUGACCGGAUCGACCAAGGGAGGACCUGUUGUAGUAUACAACGGCAUCCUACUACACCACUGCAGCCUCCUACUACACCACCAAGGCUCCCGAGUACUACACCACUGCAGCCUCCUACUACACCACUGCAGCCUCCUACUACACCACCAAGACUCCCGAGUACUACACAACGGCUUCCUACUACACCAGCAAGCAGCUGAGUACUACACCGCUGCCCCCUAUUACACGACAAAGGCCCCUGAGUACUACACCGAGGCUACAAAGUAUUGCACCACCAAGGCUCCGGAGUACUACACCACUGCAGCCUCCUACUACACCACCAAGGCUCCCGAGUACUACACAACGGCUUCCUACUACACCACCAAGGCUCCCGAGUACUACACAACGGCUUCCUACUACACCACCAAGGCUCCAGAAUCCUACAACACUGCUGCUUACUACACCACCAAGUUUCCAGAAUACUACACCGCUGCCCCCUAUUACACGACAAAGGCCCCUGAGUACUACACCGAGGCUACAAAGUAUUGCACCACCAAGGCUCCGGAGUACUACACCACUGCAGCCUCCUACUACACCAACAAGGCUCCCGAGUACUACACAACGGCUUCCCACUACACCACCAAGGCUCCAGAAUACUGCACCACUGCUGUUUACUACACCACCAAGGCUCCAGAAUCCUACACCACUGCUGCUUACUACACCACCAAGGCUUCAGAAUAUUACACCAAUGCCUCCUACUACACAACAAAAGCUGCUGAGUACUACAGAACUGCCUUCUACUACACCACCCAGGCUGCAGAGUAUUUCACUGAGUCCCCGAAAUAUUACUCGGCUCCAAGCUACACCUCUGAAGCUUUCAAGUAUCACGUUGCGCCAACUUACUACACCACAGCUGCCCCAACUUACUACGCAGAGCUGACUUACUACACCGAGGCACCUCAAUACUAUUCAGCCCUGAGCCACUACGAGACCGCCGUUCCAGAUCACUACACCUAUACUGAGGCAGUUUACUACACCGAAGCGCCAGAGUACUACACCACGACAUACGCCGCUCCGAGCUACUACCCUAAGGCCCCCAAGUACUACUCUGCCCCGAGUUACACCACCACAGCGGCUCCUUACUACACCACUGAAGAGCCUAAAUAUUACGUUGCCCCAACUUACUACACCACCUCUGCUCCGUCUUAUUACGUCGAUCCGACCUCUGAAACUCCGAUUCACUACUCAGCCGUGAGCCACCAUGAAACUGCAGCACCAGCAUACUACCCUUCGUACUCUGAACCGACUUACUACACCGAGGCGCCGAAAUAUUCUGCUCAGAAUAAUUACACGUUGGACGAAGCGUUGCACGAGGUAUGGUCGACCGAUAUCGAAAAGAAGGCUGAGCAGGUUGAGGAAUUGCAACAUCCGUAACUGGCCCCGCAACUCGUGUAAUAGCCUAUUGCACGUGUUGCGUGAAAUGCGCUAUUCAGUUUGUGGCGGCCAGCUGCAUGAAGUCGUCAACUCUGAGCUGACUGGUAGAGGAUUGCCCAGGCUUGUUCUUCAGUUCAGAAACAAGCCUGGGCCAUUCUCUUCCAGUCGGCCAAGAUGGGCCUCCAGUGUUUCACCAGUGCCAAUCCUCCUCCUACGACGACUUCUCAUCACAACAACAACAACCAGCAGCCUCACCAACAGCGCAGGCCAACAACAACAUUCACAACUUAACGGAUAAAAGUGAAAUGCGUCGUCGUCGAUAAAGCUUCUCACCUUUGGAUUCAUCGCGACGGUCACGUUCACAUGGACUCGUUCCAGGAGGCCGCCGAUUCCAUCGAAGCUGAAAAGCGGACGGUAGCCGAGUGUCAAUCACAGUUUCAAAAUAUGUAACAGUGCUAAAAACUGACAUUCCACUGAUUCCACUGAUGUUGUGCCUCGCUGUGAACAAUGUAAAGCUGUUGUAAAGCCAGAUGCAGUGUUUUUUGGCGAACCGCUUCCUGAACGCUUUCGAUUGGUGGAAGAAGAUUUUCCGAAUUGUGAUCUACUGAUUAUAUUAGGAACUUCACUAGUUGUUCAGCCCUUUGCAUCUCUUGUCGAUCGUGUUCCGCCUAGAUGCCCGCGUCUUCUUAUAAAUUUCGAGGAAGCGGGAAAUGAAGACCCUGUUAUGGUUGUUCUUGGUUUCAGUUGUGGGUUGCAGUUUCAUGGAGCUGACAAUUUCCGUGACGUUGCUUGGCUUGGUGAUUGUGACGAAGGAUGCUUUCUAUUUGCAGAAAAACUUGGUUGGAAGGAUGAACUAAAUUCAUUGAUUGAAAAUGGAUGUGAAAGCGAAGAUUCGGUAGAAACAGGUGCUACUGAAAGUACCUAAUAAUAGACGCGGCAUUAAUAGUCUCGUAACAAAAGACUUAUAAACGUCUCGUGAAAGUA